AUGCCGGACAGGAACAACUCACUUGACCGACCCGGUCCAUCGCGCUGCUCGUCCUCGCCCACAAAGCGUGGCACCACCAAGCACAACCCGCAGGGCCCAACUCUCCUCGCGAGACCGCCCACCCACGCGCUGCCCCCGAAGCCUCUGCUCGCGCGGUUGUCUGGCCCUGCGAACCCACCCACACCCGAGCAGCGCGACUUCCCCAGCCACCCUCGCCCAGACCGUGGUCUUAGCAUCCGUGGCACAGCGCCACGAGCCAACGGCAGCAACCAAGAGCGCUCGCAUCCCGAGCGGAGUCACCAGCCGGAGCGCAGCUCCCAACCGGAGCGCAACUCGCAACCAGAGCGCGGCUCCCAACCUGAACGCAGCUCGCAAUCUGACCGGGGGUCGUUACACAGCAGUCAGUCUGAUCGCCCGCAUGAGCGCCAACCCACAUACGACCGGCCUCCCGCCCAUGACAGGGCAUUCGACCGCGGGCCUGGAAGGCGCUCCCCACAGAGGUCGCAGGGUUCACAAGGGUCACAUUACGAUUAUGAUCCGCGCGAACGCCGACGCAGCCCGUAUGGCAGGCGUAGCCGCAGCCCCCCUCCUGCCGCUCGCGAUCACCGGGACCACCGCACGUACGACCGCGAACAGUCGCAGCGAGGAGAGAGCCGCCGCUUCAACGAGCGGCACGACCGCCGGGACGACCGACGUGAUCGUCCUGACGACCGCUACGGGCGCCGUCCUGGAGAGACACAGAGCUACAGGCCAACGUCACCUAGCUACCAGCCGCGCUCGCCGCCUCGACGCUCUCCGCGUGACCGCUCUCCUGUCCGUGGCCGUUCUCCACCUCCACCACACGAGCGCGAGCCUCUGCGCGACAGGGACGACCUACGCCGACGCACUCCGCCCCGGGCCGCACCCCCACCCAAGUCUGGGACCGAGGAGGGCGAGAUCGGCGAGGAGGAGGGCGAGAUUAGACCUCCGAGCCCGUCCAAGAGCCCGUCUUUGCCGCCGCCGCCACCCCCACCCGAGGACGCGCCGCCGCCGCCCGCAGACGCCCCUCCACCACCACCCUCUGACGCCCCUCCCCCUCCUCCGUCGCAAGGGCCCCCACCCCCACCCCCAUCCGGACCAGAUUUGCAGCCCAGUCCACUGAUGAGCCAUCACCGCACCCACCCAAGCGGUAACUUUGCGCCGAACCGCAACCUUAUUGAACCACCGACGCGUGUCUCCACGCCUGUGGGCAGGGAGAAGAUUGGCGGAGGACAGAAGCUGUUCCGCUUUCCCACUGCGGAGGAGGAGAAGUACAUGUACAACCGCUUCUUCAAGGGCACGACGACGCUGGCCGCGUACGACAUGGGCACCAAGCUCGGCGAAGGCACGUUUGGCGUUGUCACCAAAGCUGUCGAGUUGGCGUCCAAGAAGACGGUGGCGCUCAAGAAGCUGAUCGAGCACAACUACCGCGACGGCGUGUCGAUGACCACCGUGCGCGAAAUCAAGAUUCUUAAGACGUUACCCAAGCACACCAACAUUGUCCCGCUCCUUGACAUGGUUGUCCAUCGGAAGGUACCCUCAGACCGCAGCCAGCGUGGCGACAUCUUCAUGGUGUUCCCGUUCAUGGACCACGACCUCUGCGGUCUGCUGCUCAACAAGGACUUCCGCAUGUCGCACUCGACGGCCAAGUUGAUCUUCAAGCAGAUCCUUGAGGGGUUGCACCACAUUCAUGUGAAUAAUGUUGUUCACCGCGACCUGAAGACGGCCAAUAUCCUCGUGUCGAAGGACGGCCACGCGAUGAUCGCCGAUUUUGGCCUCGCGCGGACGUGGGGUGUGGAGGCCAUGCCCAAGCACAGUCCGCACGAGUACACCAACAUGGUUGUGACCCGGUGGUACCGCGCUCCCGAGCUGCUCCUCGGCGACACCAAGUACGGCACGGCCGUCGACAUGUGGUCAAUGGGCUGCAUACUGGGGGAGAUGUACCACCGCGAGCCGAUUUUUGCAGGGCACUCGGAGCAGGACCAGCCCACGAAGAUCUUCUGGAGAACUGGCCCGCCGUCUCAGACAAACUGGCCCGGGUGGGACAAGCUGCCAGGGCACGCCGAGCUACCAGGGCACCCCUGGAACAAGGCGCCGCAGGGACCGUCGUUGCUACAAUGCGCGCGCCAGUGGCAGAUGGACAGGGUGGGUGCCGACCUCAUGUGCCAGUUGCUACAACUGGACCCGUCUCGCCGCCCGGCUGCUGCCAAGGCGCUCGAGCACCCGUGGUUCACUGUCAACCCGCUUCCCGCGAAGCUGGGUAACAUCCCGGUCGUUGAGUCAAGCCACGAGAUGACGUCUCGCGACCGCAAUAUGCCUGCACAGCCGCCGCCUCAACAGCAACAGACUCGGGCUCCGGCAUGGAGCCAGCCUGUGCGGCCUCCCCCGCCGGCGCACCAUCCCCAUGGGAGGCAGAUGCAUCCGCGGCCGACAUCGUAUCGUCCCCAGCUGCCGAACUCACAUCCCAGUGCGCCAGCGUACCCGUCUCCAGUGUCGACUGGGAUGGGUCGCGGCUUCGCGCCUGCCCCACCGUUCAAUCUCAUGGGCAACCGCCGUGGCGGUGGCCCUCCGAUGCGGCCACACGGACACGGACCCGGUCCGGGUCCUGGAGGACCUCCUGGAGGUGGGUUUGGUGGCCCUCCACCAGGAGGGUUUAGACUCGCGGGUGGCGUACGCCCAAGCCAUGGGCCGAGCUUUGGUGGGCCGCGGCCACCGAAGCGCCCAGGCGAUGAGCAGUGGGCUGGCCGGCCCGACAGGCCGGACAAGCGCCAGCGCAACAACGACGCUUUGCCGUAUUAG